AUGCUGACACUGGACGGGUCGACGCUCGAAGGGGGCGGCCAACUCGUCCGCGUGGCCUUAUCGCUCUCAGCCAUCUGCAACAUCCCCGUCCGCAUUACCAAUAUCCGCGCGAACCGCUCCGCCAAAGCCCGCCGAGGAGGAGGCACACAGAGACAAUCCUUGGGCAGAGCGCACGGGGAGCAAGGAAAGAAGGGCAGAGGCCAUGACGCCAGGGAGAGUCUAAGGCCCGGAGGAGGUCUGAAGGAAAGUCACCUUGCUGCUGUAAAUUGGUUAGCCGAGAAGUGUUCAGCGGAUGUGGACGGUGCGGGCGUCGGCGAAACGGAGGUGGUGAUCCGCCCCAAGAGGAGCAGGAAGCCUCGCCCUUUGCAAUCGUCGAGUGAAGAGGUCGAGGGUAUCGCGCUGAAGAACCCCGGAAGUGUCUGGUUGAUCUGGCAGGUUAUCUUUCCCUACAUUGUGUUCAAUCUACCCGAGAGCGACUCAAGGGGCAAAAUUGAUGCGAAUGCGGCUUUUCGGAUUGUACUGAGGGGAGGCACGAAUGUCCCGAAGUCGCCGUCCAGCGAAUACGUGCAGCAAGUUUUCAUACCGCUCUGCGAGAGGAUUGGUCUUCCCCGGUUCGAAGUCAAUGUCCUCCAGAGAGGAUGGGCUGGAAGUGCUCCGGCGAUCGGAGAGGUCGAGCUUGUGGUCAAAGGCGGGAACAAAGGUGAUGUUGAUAGCAGCGUGGAGCGGCAAGACGCCUUCUCCCUACCGCCUUUCACACUCACCGACCGCGGUGACAUUACAAGAAUCGAGAUGACAAUCGUCGCCGGAAGCCAAGAGACAUAUUCGAUGCUAGAAACCCAACUACCGCUCGCUCUAUUGACACUCGGCUCGACUGGGGCAUUUCCUGCAGAUCUACCCAUAACCACGCACCCAUCAUCCACUGCAUCAUCAGGCGACGAACGAAGACUCUACGUCCUCCUGGUAGCGCACACAAGCAACGGCUAA